AUGAGUCUCUUAAGCUGGAACUGCCGGGGGCUUGGGAACCUCCGGACAGUUAAAGCCUUGGAAAAGGUGGUGAAUAAGGAAGAGCCCAAGAUUGUGUUUUUGAUGGAGACAAAGUCGAAAAGGGAAUGGUUAGAGAAAGUAAAGGAUCGAUGUAAGAUGAAACAUGGUUUAAUUGUGUCUAGUGAUGGAAGUACAGGUGGGUUAGCUCUGUUGUGGAAGGAAGGAAUCACUGUGAAGAUUAAAACAUAUUCUCAGGAUCACAUAGAUGCUUGGAUAGAAGGAGGAUGGGAUGGCGGUAGCUGGCAUUUCACCGGGUUUUAUGGUAAUUCUGAUACAGCGCAACGACCGGAGUCAUGGGCCAAGUUAAAAUCCCUUAAGGGAACGUCCUCGGUGCCAUGGCUCGCCAUUGGAGAUUUUAAUGAAAUUACGGGACUCACGGAGAAAGAAGGUGGCCGUGCACGACCAAGGAGGCAGAUGGAGAAUUUUGUUGAUGCUAUAAAUUACUGUGGUUUCAGGGAGGUGGACUUCAUUGGACCGAAAUACACUUGGUGGUAUCAUCGAGCGGAUGGGAUGCAUAUUCGGGAACGACUUGAUAGAGCGUUGGCUAACAAGGAUUGGAUGGAUUUGUUUCCAGCUGCAAAAUUGUACCAUCUCUCUUCAUCGGCAUCUGACCACUCACCACUCUCACUUCAUCUUGUGCCAAAAAGGAAGAAAAAGAAAAUAAGAAAGAGUUUUAGAUUCGAAUCGAUGUGGCUGAAGGAUAGUAGGUGUGAGGAGAUUGUUAAAGCUGCAUGGGAGAUGGGGGAACAUUCAGGUGCAGAGGGUGUACUGAAGAGUUGUUUGGAGCAUUGCAGACAUGACCUAGAGACUUGGAAUAAGGAGGAGUUUAGACACGUGGGAAGGAAAAUUUCUGAGCUUCAACAGAAACUGGAGUGGUUGGAAUUACAGCCAUCUAGUUUUGGUAUGAUUGGCGAGUUAAGGACCACGAGAGCUAAUCUCAACAGUUGGUUAGAGAAAGAAGAUGAAAUGUGGAGACAGAGAUCAAGAUUGAACUAG